GUUUGUAGAAGGAGAAGUCUGCUUCACAUUCAACAUGCUUCCAGCUGAUCAGCUGUUCAAGGACAAUGUGACCUUUCCUAUGGUUGACCCAACUGGACUGGAAAGUAAGCCGAACUGGACCUUAGAUAACAUGUUAGAACUUGCUGACCUUUUGCAAACUAUUCCUCGACACAUCGACUCCAACGGUCGCUGGGCUGGACUCUAUUUCGAGAUGGAGAAAAGAACACCAACUAAACAGUCUUUGUGCGGACAAUCUGCAAUCACUGCUAAGGUUGUAUUCCACCACCCCGGGGAGAUCCCACUGCCAGACACCCACAAGUUCUACGACCUCCCGGUGUUGAAGGACUACUUCAUCCACCUCACCCCUCGACUCAUCACUUCCAGCGAGGAGCUCAAGGAUUACACUCCCGGAGAUCGUAGAUGUCACUUCUCCCACGAGAGGACAUUGUCCUUGUUCCGCAGUUAUUCCCAACGCAACUGUCAGCUAGAGUGCCGAGUGAACUGUUCUCUGAGUCUUUGCGACUGCGUUCCGUACUACUUUCCAAGACAUAAUGACUCAGUGAAAAUCUGUGGACGGCAACAUACAGAAUACUGUGUUGAACUAUAUUUAACAGCGAUCCUAGGUGGCCGCUACACGUGGAGAGAGAUCGUCCUGGACUACCGUGAAUGGGUCGGUGACAGGAUACAGAGAUUGUUCAAGGAUUACCAGUACAAUCGUAGAGGCACUGGCAAAUGGAACGUAACGGAUCAGCUGUUAGAGGACACUUAUCCUGACUGCCGAUGUGAGUGUCCCGUGGCUUGUUCAUCCCUUACGUACGACGUGGAGGUGAACCAACAGCCACUGCCCGACUUGGGUCGAGUAGACAGACGAUUGGCCAUUUCAUUUAAGGAGCUUGAGUUUACCACUGUUUUGCGAAAAGAACUUAUCGGCUUGACAGACUUUAUUGCCGACAGUGGAGGUGUUUUGGGAGUUUUCACCGGAUUCACAUUCUUAGCCGUCGUUGAACUCCUGUACUACUUGACUCUGCGUUUGUGGAAAAACAUAAAAUAUUCGUGGGAAGAAGUGGAAAACUCGGUAGAAGAUAUGGAAGCUACAGAUUUUCACUAAGACUAGCAUUUGUAAAGAGCAAAUUCUUUUGAGUCUUUUUGUUUGAAAUUUGUUUUUGGUGGUGUAAUUUGAUGUCAUUUACUAAAAUAAUUGCCAAUAUUUUCCGUAACAAAUUAUAUUUUAAGACAUUU